UUCGUUUGUAAUAUGUAUAGAGUACCGUCAGGAUGGACCCCAACAAAUACCGAAGAGAAGUUGAUAUCGAAGGUUCUUGAGCAGAGUGGUUGGGAUACAUGUGAUCAAAAUGAGACAAAACCACAAAAAUGUCGUAUCGAAUCAGAAACAUUAAUUACAAAGAAGAGUGGACAAGUCGAUUGGAAUGUUAGUGAUAUUAUUAAAGCUGGUGGUUUAUUGGCUGUUCCAUCCAUUGAUGUCCAAUUUGAGCAUGAACAAGAAAUGCGACGUGUGUUUUCAUUGGUAUAUGACGUAUUACGAUAUAAAAACAUUUUAAAUCAAGCAUUAAAAGAUGUUGCAUUUUUUAAAAAGUUUCCAAAACUACAAGAUUCAACCGCACAAGUAUGGUUACUUUUAUACGAUUUAUAUCAUCGAAAAUUUGCAAAACGUGAUCCACAUGAGAAAAUAUUAAUUGACACGGCAAAUUAUGGUUUAACUGAUAUUGAUGAUGCUUUAUGGCGUUAUCGUAUUAAAUUAGCGGCAUCUGUAUCAAGACUUCGAAUAAAAAAUAGUGCUUUAAGAUUAAGUCAACUUUUACCACCGCAUUUACAAGAUGAACGCGUGGCCAAUGCCGCAGAAACUACUUCUGUCACAUGUUGGAUAAACACGUACAUAGUUAAGCUACUUGGAAAAUGUGCGCAAGAAAAGCUUAAUACACACUUUGAUAUUUUACAUGAAAAUAACUUUACGGAAUAUAAAGAAGGUAAAGGUGAAGCUCUUGGUGUAAAUGAAUAUCGUUGGGAUCCAAUUUGUCCACAAUUUAUAGCAUUUCAUCCUUCGCAACGUAUCGCAAUAUCACAAUUUGAGUUAGUUGAUCACAAUAAUAUGAUUGUACAGGAUCGUGCAUUUUGUUUGGGUCCAGUGGUAUUUACUAAAUUAUUAUUAGAAUUAGAAUUAGUUGGAUCUGUGAUUCAAACACAUAUUAAUUCACCACGAGCAACAGCUUAUCUUGGAUCAUUAUUAUCAAAAAAUUCAAAUAUUACGAAAUUAUAUGCAUUUGGAGCCGGAUCAAGAAAACAAGAAUUUGAAAAUUAUAUGAAUAAUAUCGGAGCGGAUAAUAUAAAUGUUUAUGCUGAACGAUUAGUCGAUGUUUCACCAGAUAGUAGUUUUCUGGAACAUGUUACCGCUGUUUUUGCAACUCCACCAAAUAGUUACUCAGCUGUAACGGAUCCAAUUGACUUAGUAUGCAGUCGUGGAGGUGAUUUAUCAAUGCUUCAAGUUUUAACCGAAUCAGAUAUUAACGAAGAUGGCCGAAAACGUGUGGUUGCAAUUUUAGAAGAACAACGCUUAACACUAAAAUUUGCUAUGUCAAGACCUCAAAUUCAAUUUGUAUUAUAUGAAACACAUUCUGUGGUCGAAGCCGAAAAUCAACAUAUGGUUAAACGUGUUGUGUAUGAAGUAAAUCGUUUUACCCGUGAACGCCAUGCAGAACAACAGGGGAAAUUAAUCCCUAUGCCAUAUAAAGUAGCCAGUGAUAAUUACAUGGAUAUUAAUAAUAAUGAUGAAAAUAAUGAUCAACAACAACUUGAUGUAAAAGAAAAUGCUGAUAAUAAUGCAAAUACUUUGGAAAAUGAAGAUGAAGAAUUUAAAACAUCGGAAUAUAAACGUUUUUCAUUUGUAGCGGAAAAAUUGGAUUCAGAAAUUGAUCCGUAUAGAGAUCUUGAAAUUCCAGACUGCGAUGUAUUUGAAGAAGCGACAUUACCAGAAAUUUGCUCAACGGCAGAUUGCUGUUCUAUUUUAAAGGAAGAAGGAUGUUAUUUAGCAUUGCUGAAACGAAAGGAUUUAACUCAUUUAAAUGAUAAAUAUAUGAUAAACAUUGCUGAAUCACGUGGAUUAUUUGGAGUAGAUAAUAAGGAUUCGUCGGCGAAAAAAACAGUAUCCAGUAAAGCUGUUAAGAAGAAAGAGGAAUCACAGCCUAAACUUCCAAAUAAAAAUAAAAAGAAGAGUGUUAUCUCAGAGGGUGAUCUAAUUGCACGAAUUGGAGCACAAACAUAUGCUUCAAAAUGCCGUUAUAAUAAACUGUUAAAUUUACAAAAUAGUUCCUCUAAAGAUAAUUUAUGUCCACGGCGUCAUUAUCGUCCACAAACAUCUCCACAAUUGCCACGAGCUCUUCGAUGGUGGAAAGAAACCACAAAACAUAUUAUGACACAUCACAAUGAUAAUAUUUCAAAUGAUGAAAAAACGAAACAAGAUAGUUCAACAUCCUCCAUUGGAGUCUUAAGUGAUAGUUGUUUAUCACAUCCACGAUUACGUUUAACUCGUUCCGCGCCAACCCGUAAAAAGAAAAUUUCAGUUCCAUUACAUGUGAAUACUGUUGUCAUGCCAAAAUUUGCUCGUUUAAUAUAAAAAAUAAUUUUUUUGAAUUUUUUAUAAAUGUUUACAAAGUACUUAAAAUCUUAUUUGAACUUGCGACAUUGAACGCAUUUGACAUGUAAAAGUUUCUUUAUUAAGUUUAUUAUUAGAAUUAAAA